AUGCCAUUCAAACCAGUUGAACAGGCCAAGUGCCCCAAAUGCAGCAGGUCAGUCUAUGCUGCUGAAGAGAGACUUGCUGGUGGAUACAAAUUCCAUAAAUCAUGUUUUAAAUGCGAUCUGUGCAACAAAAUGUUGGAGAGUACAAAUGUAGCUGAACAUGAAAGUAAGCUUUAUUGCAAACAAUGUCAUGGUCGCAAAUAUGGACCCAAGGGAUAUGGCUUUGGUGGGGGUGCAGGAGCUCUGAGCAUGGACACUGGUGCCCAAUUUGGAAAUAAAGAGAGUGAAAUGUCAAACAAACCAACUAGUGGAUCUAGUGGCGAUGCUGGAACUGGUCCUAAAUGUCCUCGAUGUGGAAAGACAGUCUUUGAUGCUGAACGGGCCAUUGGAUCGACUGUACCCUGGCACAAAGCCUGCUUCAGGUGUAAACAAUGUAGUAAGGCUUUGGAUUCUACAAACCAAAAUGCCCAUGAAGGAGAAAUUUAUUGCAAAACUUGUUAUGGCAAGAACUUUGGUCCAAGUGGCUAUGGAUUUGGUAGUGGAGCAGGAACUCUUAGCAGUGACAAGUAA